AUGCCUUCGGAGAAAGAGAAGACGCCACCGUCGCAUAUCAGCAUAAACGGCGAUGACGCCGAGGGGCACGACACGCCGAAGAGCGCACGCAGCAGCUCAGGCUGGGACGGCAAGCUGCGCGUGGAAAAGAAGCUCGAACUUGCGAACCCAGAGGCGCUGAGCGAUCCAGAGCACUCGGACGAAGAGAAUGUGCUGCCUGGGGAGAUAAUCGAUGCUGAUGAAGAUCUACUCGACGAUUACCCCUUCGACAGCGAAGAGAUAGAUUUGGUACACGCCCGCAUCUCCUCCGUCCCCUCGCUCGACCUACAACGGUUCACAUCCGUUUCCCGUCUCUGCCUCCGUCAAAACAGCAUCACCGAAAUCGAAGGCCUGUCCGCGCUCGCCGCCACCCUCACCGAACUCGAUCUCUACGACAAUUUAAUCGCGCAUAUCCGGGGGCUCGAAGACCUGUUAAACCUCACGUCCCUCGACUUCUCCUUCAACAAGAUAAAGCACAUAAAAAAGAUUUCCCACCUCGUGAAACUCACCGACCUGUACUUUGUGCAGAAUAAAAUCACCUCAAUCGAGGGCUUGGAGGGCUUGGUUAAGUUGAGGAAUUUGGAAUUGGCGGCGAAUCGGAUUAGGGAGAUUCAGAAUCUGGAAAGUUUGACUGGACUAGAGGAGUUGUGGUUGGGGAAGAAUAAGAUUACUGAGAUCAAAGGGCUGGAUACGCUGCCAAACCUCAAAAUUUUGUCAAUCCAGUCAAACCGAAUCCGCUCAAUAACAGGUUUGGACAAGCUCCCACAACUCGAAGAACUCUACAUAUCACACAACGCACUCACCACCCUCUCCGGUCUCGAAAACUGCACAUCCCUUCGGGUACUCGAUAUCUCAAACAACCAGAUCACGAAGUUGGAGGGGAUAGGCCAUUUGGAGGAGAUUGAGGAGUUGUGGGCUAGUUAUAACGGCUUUGCUGAUUUUGGGGAGGUGGAGAGGGAGCUAGGAGGCAAGGGGAAGCUGACGACUGUUUAUUUUGAGGGGUGUCCGUUGCAGUUGAAGGCGCCGGCUUUGUAUAGGAAUAAGGUUCGCCUGGCGCUGCCGCAGGUUGUGCAGAUUGAUGCUAGUAAGUACCUUUUUUCUUCUUUUCGCUGGACUGGCGUGGUGGUUGGGUUGGGAGAGAAGGCUAACGUUGUUGUGUAGCUUUUGUUAGGGUCUCAUGAUGGGUGUUAGAGAGGGGUUGCAAAAUCAGCUGGGCAUGCACUUUGAAUUUGC